AUGUCUGGCCCUGCGCAGCGCAAUCUAACUCUCACAGAGGAGCUGGAGAAAUUGGAGCAGUCAAUCACCUUGACUUUGCAAGAAAUUGACAGCAACUUCUCGCGCGCCCAUAGAAUCGUCACCACCAGCAUCCUACCCAUCGUUGAGCAGUACGCAGAGCAUUCGAAGGAUGUCUGGGAAGGAGCCAAAUUCUGGAAACAAUUCUUCGAGGCCAGUGCCAAUGUCUCCCUAUCAGGUUACGAGGAAAAUCCAAAUGAGGACACGACGGAGCACGAACAGACAGCAACAACCAUUACGGAGGAAGAGUCGUCCACAAACAUAACACAAAACACAAGCAGCCUAGAAGAGGAAGUGGCAUCAUACCAAACUCCUUCGUCGGAACACCUUGACCUUGGACACCAUCAACAUCCUGACGAGUCUGAAUUGGAUCUCUCGUCGCUCACGAUAUCUCCAUCUCAUAGCACCCCUCGAGCCCCGGGUAAAAUGGCUCAGCUUGGUGGCGGUGAUGAGACACCUUCAUCCUCGUCAGUUAUGGGCGGUUAUUCUCCUCCAACAACCUACGGCGAAGAAAACAGUAGACUUGGAGAACAUGACGAGUCGACUCUGCCAGAUAAUGAUGCGCCCGUCACCCCCGGCAGAUACGCAGGCCGAUACCACCAAUCCGCUGCUGAUGUCGAGAGUGAUACUCCAAUGUCAUCUCCAUUCAUUCCUCCGCCGACAACCUCCUCCCGCAACCAGCAGCCAUCAACGUCCACAAUGAAGAAUUACUACCAGAAACCCACCGACCCGAUUCUGCACCAUGUCCUCGACAAGACCUACCGUGUUCAAGCCACGCCACUUUCCAAGAAAGGUGCAGGUUUGGGAGCAGGGGCAGCAGGAACAUUCAAACCAACCAAAUUCUCCGUCAUGACCCCGAAACGAAAACCCGCUUACGACUCCUCGCCUCUUUCCAGUCCGGAACUCGAAGCCCCCAAACUCCAUGAAGAGAUCUUCGCAUCGCCCAUUAACGCCAGAAAGAAUAACAGCAAUACCAGAACCCCAAAUACCCCCCGGACAAGAAUAAAACCACAGAGAAGCCGCACCACUCCCAGACCCGGUACCAGUGUCCUAACACCCGGCAACAACAAGAACAAAAAUAAUAGCUGGGACAGCGAUGAUGACGCCGACGACCGAUUCGGCGCCGAAUUCGACGACGACGACGACGAUGAUACAGCUACUGGUCUUGGUGUUAGUCCGCCCAAGACCAUGCAAUUCCAUAUUCCGCAUAGUCGGUUGAUGAAGACUCCAGCCAAAGAAGCAUCCAAACGAAUCGUCUCUGAUCUUCUGGCGACAGCGGGUGGGGGAACAGGGACAUCUUCAAGUAUUUACAAUGACGAUGACGAUUCGUUUCAACUCGAAACACCGCAAGUUAAGUAG